GCAACGAACAUCGCCCAAAAACAAACAGCCUAUCCCACAUCACCAUCAAUGGCUUCCGGCUACACCUGUAGAGCAUGCUUAGGCGCUCUUGUGAAGAGGACGAAGGUCGCUGCACCGGCCCGCCGAGCACCGCAUAAAACAUCGAAUCUCAUCCCCAAUACACCCUUAAGAACCUUCGCUUCCGCAUCUCAGCAACCUCGAAAACCCAAACUCCGACCCGACUCGAAGAAUACCUCCGGUGCGCCCGCGGAGUCCGUGAUAGAAGGUGUCGAGUUCAUCACCGCACCCCCGAAGGUCGCAUCUCCUGGAAAGUCCCCAUUACCGGCUUCUACAACAGCGCGGCUAGCAAGCGAGUUCAGGAAACGAGCUUCGGAAACCACGGAGACAUAUAUCGCAUAUGGCGCAACUCAGCCGCUGUUCCUGGAGUGCUCGCGGCCCGGAAACUACACUGUCCCCCAGAUCGACGAAGGGGGCGUCGCGCCGAAGAACGACGCGGGAGAGGAUUUAGGCGUGGGCACAGGGUGGUGGUAUGAUUCUCUCGGCUUAACCCCGACUUUCAAUACCUGGGCCCAAGUGACCUUCCUCCAUAUGUACCUCCUUACGGUGCGCUUCCGCCUCUUCCCCAAGGCCCACGCUCCUGCCUGGCACCAGCAUCUCCUCGACCACUUCUUCCACAAUGCGGAGGACCGCAUGGCGACUUUCCACGGCAUGGUUGCGCGCGGCGUGCGGAACAAGUAUCUCAAAGACCUGUGGAUCCAGUGGCGAGGCGUGUUGGCCGCCUAUGACGAGGGGUUAGUGAAGAGUGACGCCGUUUUGGCGGCUGCCGUGUGGCGGAACGUCUUCAAGGCCGAUCCAGCCGUGGAUGUGAAGGCGCUUGCAGAGAUUGUGAGCUGGAUGCGGAGGGAGGUGAGGAGGCUGGGGGAGGCGAGUGAUGCGGAGAUUGCGGCUGGGUGGGAAUUUAAGGGGAAUCCCGGAGAGGAAGCUCCGGCUGUCGAACUUAAGAGUGCCCUGAUGAAGAAGGCUGCGUAGGGUGCCUUUGGUGAGUAUGGCUCUUCGUGUAAAUGCUUGUUGGACUAGGGUAUAUUACGAAUGUGUGAAUAGUGUAAGACUAGUUAUGAUCUUCAAUGGCACUUUCUCCUCUGGGACGCUUCCAAGUAGUGUCUUUUUGCUCACUGCUCGAGAUUAAUCAUUUUAGGUAGGGAAUUUACACUGGGCAAGUCUCAUCUCUC